CGGAAAUAUUUCAUGUUCGGUCGUUUCAUUUGAGUUGCACAUGACAUUGAACGUUUCCAUGACUGUAUGCCAUUAUUAAGUAGAUUUAGACAUAGAAGAGAUAAAGAAUGAUUGACGACUAUAUUCUGGUGCUCGUACUGCUCAUACCCCCCAUGGCAAGUCUGAACGUCACUGGUAAAGGACAAGGACAGGAGUGUCGACAAACAUCGGAGUGUGUUAGCCAUGCCGAGUGUUGGGUCAACGUCUGUCAGUGCAACAUCAAGUACUACCCCUGGAAAGGACAGUGUGAACAACGUCACCGCCCCAGCAUGCCGUGUUCCAGCGAUAUGGAGUGCGUGGACGGCGCCAUCUGCCGCACCAACUACUGCCAGUGCGACGACACCCACUACCACGCCAAUACAUAUAACAAGCGUUGCAUGGCGCUGAGUCAGCUGUUCCCCCGAAACAUACGGACGGAGAAGACUACCUCGACAACGGCUACGGUAGCUUGGGACGCCCCAGAACUACAGCCUGUGUCAUCAACUCUGAAAUAUUACGUCUCGUAUAACGGCAAGAAGAGAGUGUUUAUCAAAUCGCUCGAAGUCCUCAACUUGACUGAUUUGACACCUGGAACGGCUUUCAACGUCACUGUCAGUGUCGCCGUAGAUGAGUACAACAUUAUUAAGAUAGCACCAUCAAAAACAGCCACCAUGCGAACACUGCCUUCAGUGCCAUCCAAUUUACGCCAUGACGCGGAGUUGGCGUUCUUGCUCGUCUAUUGGUCCGUUCAGGGACACGCUGACUCCUUCAAUGGGUCACUGUGGUCCAGAUCCUCCACAGAGAGAUUCACCACGCCAUACACAAGCUAUAUGUUCCUCCGGCCAAAUACAACCUCAAGGCAGAUUCUCUGUGUGACGGCCAGGAGCGGGGACCUCUAUAGCCAGAUGGCCUGCUAUACAUUUCAUAUGACCCUCUCUAAUGGUAUGGGGAACACCACGCAGUCACGAUCGUCAGUGCCAACAUGGUCGCUCAUCUUGGCAGUGUUGUUGACCUGCUCCAUUACCUCUGCUGCUCUCCUGAUUGGCUUUCGGUUCCGAAAAAGACAGUGUCGCUGUGUCACUGGGAAGGGAGAAAACGUGUACGACAUGAUCCUGUUCCCGAGAUCAAGCGUGAGAGGAGGCUCAAGUUGUGACGGAGAUUUCGAAGGCGCGGCGACGUAUGUGAACCACUCUGCCGUGACUGAUGCAGCCAGGACAGAGGGGAUUGUGUUCGAGAACGACACGGAGACUGACGAUAGUGUGGGGUGUGUGUACGAUCAACCCAGAUGUAUAUAGAUCUGAAAAGUGACUGCCGAAAGUGAGGUUGAGUGGGGUUUAACGUCGCGUUAAAGAUUAUUGCACACAAAAUGAAAGUAAAAUCUGGAGUCCUUAGAUCAUUCUUAAAAAGUAUUCUGUUACAAAAUGUAAAACAUACCUAAACAAGAGCGUAAUUUGUCCUUCCACUGACAGUUUGUAAUAAGUGGAUAAUACAAUUUAGAACCACUGAUAAUCGAUUAACUAUAGAAAAUACGAAACAUAUUAAAUAUGCAUUCUUUAUAAUGUUUCAUUAGGCGCGGAAAUGCAUAGCCUAUUGCUUUGUCCGACGCCUAAUAGUUCAAGAAACCAGACUCUUCCGGCUUGAUAUACAACGAUAACCGCCUGUUAAGGUUUCUCCGAUCUUAAACAAUUUUCACAAAAUUUCACUACUGGUGAAACUGUCCAAUGUUACAAAAUUGUGUGUGCUCCAUCAGUAAGCUAUGAUUUGUUAUGUCAAGUUGCUGUCAUGUGAUAUUUCUGAACCACGCUUGUGAUUAUGCCAAUAAACUUCUGAAUGUGAAUCGUGGCCUGGUGACCAGCUGCGAAUGGAUGUAAUCAGCGUAAGGCAAGAUGAAUGAAUGAAUGAAUGAAUGAAUGAAUGAAUGAAUGCAUUUGUUUUACGCAGCAGCCAGUAAUGAUCCAUAUUAAAAAUCAUUUGAGGUCACUAAAAUUCUUUAACAUAAAUUUAUAUUGUGAUAUGAUUAUAUACAAAAUCAACUGUCAAAAAUAUUCUUGAAAGCGUCGAGAGCGCUGUUGGCAGCGAAUGAAUACACGCUGGUCAAGUAACAAAAAUGGGGCUUUGCGAAACGGAGUCUCUCGAUUGAAGAGUUAAAUGAGAAAUUUACGGUUUAUACAAAACUUUUACAAGAGAAUAACAAACAGACAGACGGGAUAUUAGCUUCAUAAAUGGCCACUAUUUUGCUUUGCCAGUGUGGAACUAAUAUAAAAAGGAUUAGUCAAACGGUUUGUUUACGGUCCAGAAACCUAUGAUAAAGGGAGACAAUUUGCAGGUAGGCAGCUCUUGUAUGGCAAUAGUUCCGUCAAAGUGUCAUGUUCACACCAGUGAUAUCAAGUGUCAUGCUCACUGCAGUGAAAUAUCAAGAGUUAUGUUCUGUGCACUUUAGAAAACGCAGUUUUUUACACAGAAGUAAUGUAGUGGUUGAAAUAAGAAUAAUUGUUUCGUUCGCCCCAACCAAUCUAUGUUGUCUCAUCACAAUGGAGUCUGAGAUCAGUAAACAAGGCAACACCAAACUAUAUGUAGUUAUGCUUUGGCCACAGUUUAACGUGGUUUUUUUCCCAAAUUCGGUCGCACCCACCCUCUGGCAGACAUUGUAAUCUACUUUCACGCUCUGAUGCCGAUAUAUAACGUACAGCACAGAGCGAGGGCUGUUAGCAGGAAUUAAUCAAUAGUAGGAGUGUAUGAUUAUAUAAGGAACGAUUAGCGUUACGUGUGCGUGGUAUACUGAUCAUGCUGAUUGCAACGAAAUCGUGGCUUUGAAUGGACGCGGUUUGACGCUGCUUUUGCCAUGUAGAAAUAUCACAGCAGGGACAGCAAGCAUGAGGUGCUAUGUACAGAGUGUAGCCAUGCGAUAUGAUGUGUGUUUGUUUGUUGUUUAACACCGCACAUGCCUUAUAAAAAUGAUUUAACAAUUACGUGAGAAAGACUAAAAACAAAUUCAAACAAAUGGCGAAAGAAGAUCCAAGACAAUUUUGGAAAUGCUUUAAAAAAAUCAAGAUUUUGACAAAAAUAUAUCAAUUGACCAACUUUAUGGGGUUUUUUAAAAAUGAAAUGAGUGAACACCAAUUACAGAUUUCAAAUGUGAUAAUGAAGAACUUAACAGGCAAUUCACUGUUGCAGAAAUAUUAUUGGCAAUCAAUUCACUUAUAAAGAGAAAAAGUGUUGGAAUUGAUAAGAUAGAAACGAGUAUCUGAUAUCGAGUAAAGACGUAAUGAUCAAUGUUUAUCACGAACUGUUUAAUUCAGUUCUUGAAAGUGGAACAUUUCCGAAAUGAUGGUUGGUUGGUAUGACCAGACCUAUCUAUAAAAAGCAAGGUGACCCCUCCAAACCUGAAAAUUAUCGCCCAAUUACCUUAUUAUCUUGUCUUGGUAAAUUGAUCACCGCAGUUUUGAACAUUCGCUUCACAUCUUUUACAAAUGAUAAUUAUAUUACUUCAGAAAUACAAGCUGGCUUCAGGAAAGGUUACAGUACUGUUGACCACUUUUUUGUAGUCUGUGUUUUAAUAGAUUUAUUAAGGGCUUGUUAAAAUAAAUUGUACUGUGCAUUUGUGGAUUUCCAAAAGGCCUUUGACAACAUUUGGCGGAUCGGAUUAUGGCAAAAGCUCUUAUCAUAUGGUAUCUCUGGACGAAUAUUAAUCUUGUUCACAAUAUGUAUUCAAAUAUAAAAUCUUGUGUCGUUCAUGAUGAAGAUAGAUCAGGAUAUUUUCUCGUAACAAGGGAGUUCGGCAGGGUGAAAAUUUGUCACCAUUACUGUUUGCAAUAUAUUCAAAUGAUGUUGAAACCUUUUCGAGAGCCCACAGCUGUAAAGGUGUGUCCCUUGAAACAUAUUUUGGGGUUUAGUACGCAGACGAUACUGUAAUAUUUUCGGAAAACUCUGUUGACUUACAAAAUAGUCUAAACGUCUUCGUAAAAUACUGUGAAGAAUGGAAACUGAAGGUUAAUCUAAAAAGUAAUCUUUGGUUCUGGCACAAGAAGGUAAACUAGACUUUAAAUUUGGAAAUAAAAUAAUCGAAAUAACAGACUGUUAUAAAAAAUAUAUACAUACUUAGGAAUUGCUUUUAAUAAAAACAGAUCAUUUACACAAGCCAUCAAAAGGUUAAGAGAACAAUCUUUAAAUGCCUCGUUUGCUUUAUUAUCCAAAGCCAGAAAUGUAUGUCUCCCAACCACUGAUCAUGGUAUAUGUUAUGUUUGAUCAUUGUAUAAUAAAUAUAUUCAACUCUC